ACCUGAAACUAACUCUAACGCUCUUCUCGUUCAUACAUUACCAUAGUCCAUAGCUUGAUGCAAUGUUUGAAACAUUCAAACCCACAAAAUGUAAACAUUCUCACAUAACGUAACUAAACGAAACAGUUAAUACUAUUCUGAUGGAAACAAGAUCUACAAAGCGAAUUCGGAAGCUCGUCCCGGAAGAAAAUUGUGAUGAUAUCGACCGGAUCAGUGAUCUUCCUGACGCUAUUCUCCAUCACAUCCUGCUACUUCUUCCUAUCAAAUCCAUCGCUAAAACUAGCUCGUUAUCGAAACGAUGGAGAUCGCUUUGGUACUCGUUUCCUGAUCUCGACUUUACCACAGUAAACACUACUACUACUCAAACCAAAAGUUCUCUACCCAUAGAUUUCGUUUCUCAGGUUUUAGCGCUCCGUGAUAAGCAUUCUCAUCUUCGAACUCUUCGAUUCUUCGCUCAUUUGAGCUUUUCGGGUCUGAACAGAUUGAUCCGCAGUGCAAUUAGAAACAAUGUGCAAGAACUUGAUGUCGAAGUAGCAACCGAAGAUUAUUUCAAUUUCCCUCGAUGGGUGAUUACAAGUCAAUCCUUACGAAUUCUGAAUAUAAAAUCGCGAUAUCCGGGUUUCAGAUUGCUUCCUUCUUCUGUAAUGAUCGACGGGUUUCAGUCUCUACAAACACUCUCACUCACUCUCGUAAUAUUAUACGAUCAGCCCUCACUCGUGGAUUUGUUCACAGAAUCGUCCUUCCUUCGUCUCAAGAAACUGAAACUCGACGCUUGUUUCGGGUUGAAACAUCUCAAGAUCGGCUGUCGAGCACUCGAAGAUGUAGCUAUUGAGAAUUGCUAUCAGCUUCAAAGUUUAGAGAUUUCGUGUGGGAGAUUGGAUAGACUGAGAGUUGCAAGCUGUUUUGAUGCAUAUCAAGAGAAGAGUUGGAUCAAACUGAAUGCACCAAAACUUAAGAGUGUGAUUUGGGAUUAUAAUGCAAUUACUGGUAGCAGUUUUAUAGAAAAAUUGACCUCUUUAAUUGAAGCUUCUGUUGGUUUUUAUUUGGUUGAUGAAGAUGUGAGUGUGGAAGAGCAUCGGAGUGUCUGUGAUCUCUUAUGUGGAUUCUCUAAUGCUCACACUUUGACCCUCAAAAGCCAAUGUGUAGAGAUUUUAUCCAACAGGAAGCAUGUUCUGCAUCCAUUUAAAAAUCUAAAAAAUCUGGAGUUGCAUACUGCUUUCAACAAAAGCAUUGUCCCCGGACUGGCCUCUUUGUUCAGAAGCUCUCCUGCAUUGCAUACACUUAUUCUCAACAUAAUCAACGAUUACAAGGUUGAAAAGAGACAAUGGAAUAGGGAUUUGUGGGAUCUGAGUAGCACAAAGGAAGAGAUGUAUUGGGAAUCUCAAAUCCAUUCAUUGGAGCCAUUUUUAAGUAAUCUGAAGGUAGUCAAAAUUGAUGGGUUUUUAGAAUGUGAGAAUGAAGUUAGUUUGGCAAAGUUUUUGCUAAAGCAUGGGAAAUAUUUGCAAGAAAUGACUCUUUGCACAGCACAUUGCCAUUAUAGAGAUUCACUUCGACGACAAAAAGUUCGCUCUCAAAUGAUGGGAUUUUCUUGGGCUUCUUCUAAUGCUAAAAUUGCAUUUCAAUGAAUUUUUUUGUUCAAUCCCAAAUAUAUUAAAUUA